ACAAUUGUCUUUCAUUUUGUCCAUCGCCAUUUGCCGGGGCAAAUUUUGUGCAUGCGGCAGCUUCGGGCUUCCGAUUUGGCAAUUGACCGUCUUUUAUCAUGUUUAUUUUUAUUUGGCUAGCAAUAAAAUUACCCCUUACCGCAUGUUUUGAUCUGGAAAUUGGAAAUUCGAUUAUUUUUCUUUCCAUUCGUGUACAGCAUGGAUACAGCAAUGCAGCAGUGAUUAUAAAUAGCACUGCAUCGUCCUCGAUCACUUGUGUUUUCGUUCCUAUAUACGAUUGGUUUUGUGGUCUUUGCUCAAACAAUUCUAAAAAUCAGAAGGCCGAAUCAUGGACUCCUACUCGCUGUCAAGCAGCUCAUCAAGUCUAAUGAGUGAAAUCACCGAGCUAUUCCCAGAACUGAAGACAACAUGUGAUUCCAUUGAAGUUCUCAACUCUCAUAAGACUAGUGGUGACGACAGUGUUAUUCAGGAUGGAUGUGAGACCGAUGAUGUAUUCGAGAAAAAGUCAUCAUCUUACUCGAACAGACUGCAGGUGCUCAAUGAAGCGGUCAUCAAGAAGUUGUCAUCAAAAGUCAAAUGCCAAAGGCUAACAAUGAAAGAUGUCGGAACAUUUGACAAAUGCAAACGAGUUAAGAAGAUCAACGAUCUGCAAGAGAUUGGUCGAGGAACCUAUGGAAGAGUGCUCUUGGGGCGACACAUCCAGACAAAGAGGGCUCUGGCAAUCAAACAAUCUUGCAGAUCACAAAACCACCACGCGUCCAACGAAAUGGUCAAUGAGUCCAAUGACGCGAUCAGUGCACGGGUACAGAAAGAGGCAGUUGUCCACCUACUUCUAUCCGACAGUCAGUACUUUCCGAGGUUUUUAGGCACGCUCGAUCUCGACAACGACCCUUGCUUGGCAAUAGAAUUUGUUGGAAAUCAAAAGUCAGGAACCGCCUUCUCUCUACUCGAGCCCCCGCCUUUGUCUGUGGCAAACGGCCUCGACAUCGCAGAGGAUGUCGUGCGAGGAAUGAUGGAGCUUCACGACCAAGGACUCCUGCACAACGAUCUUAAGACCGAUAAUGUCCUUCUCGAGAAAAGAGGUCAUAGUUACCACGCUGUCAUCAUUGACUUCGGUAUGGUCAGCACGAUCUCGUCGCCAUUACGGAUGACGGAGCUUCCAGAAGAAUUGAAAGUAGCAUACAUCCACGGAGAGGAGGGUGAUUACGUAGCCCCCGAGGUCGUUCUACAUGGACAGUCAACAUCGAUUUCAUCGGAUGUAUUCUCAGUUGGCAAAAUCCUUGAAGACAUCACAAAAGUUGUAGAAGAUGUCCACUUCUGAAAGAUCUAACAUCCUUAGCCAUCAAAUGCAUGAAGAGGAAUCCACAGUCAAGAUCGGACCUUCCCUUUGUUCUCGAUCAUAUCACUUCCUUGAAGAAACAAGUGGAUCGCCGACAACUUCCACUCUGGAAAAGACUUGUUAAAAAACAUCGAUGAAGAGAAGUUUAACAAAAGCAAAAUCUUUCCGAGCAAAAUAUUUGGACCAUCAAUAUUUAAAAAGAUUUAUUAUGCAGACAUAUAUGAUUGAUAUAUUAUGAAGUCGUACUGGGUACUAUCUAUAAACGGUUCCACGAUGGUUGUCAAGCAAGGAAGUCGGCCAGGGAAUGUUAGCCGACUGAUGAGUUUGCAGAAGCAAAUGGAUUACCUGCAUGAGGAGCGUUCAUAAAAUGACUUGUCAGAAGUUUUAACAUUUUUUCCGACAAGUCCCCAAUAGUUACCAUAGUAACAAUGCUUCUCAGCCAAUCAAAUUCAAGAAAAGAGGUAUGGGGAGCGUUUCAUGAAGGACUUGUAAGACGUUUUAUCCGAUAAGUAGUGAUUUAUCUGACAUUAUAACACUGUCUCUUAGCCAAUCAUAUAAUCAAGGAAGUUGUCAGACAAGACAACUUAUCGGAUGAAAAUGUUAAUGAAACGCUUUUCGGAUCUAAAACCUUUUUGGACGAAAACUAUUGAUGGAAUACCCCUGAUCAACACAAUUUUUACCCGAUAAAUAGUAAUAGAAAUAUUGUAAUUGUAAUUUCGAUUGAUGAUGUAUUUAUAAUAGUGUUUUCAGUGCGCAGGCGCAUAACUUGUUUUUUUUAAUCUUAUUUAAGAAGUAUUUAUUGUUUUCAUUCAUUAUAUUCAUGGGAUAAUAAAAAAAAUCUAGGAUUUUAUGAAUAAGUAUUCUCAUCGAAGAACAUUAUACAGUACACGUUAUAAUAAUCAUUCCGAAAGAUAUGAAAAGUAGAUGGAUUUAACAUAAAUGAUUGAUUCAUUAAAAAAAUCUACAGCAUUUCAAUUUGCCUUUUCUCUGCCAAGUUGAAUAUUUUACAUGUUAUAUUACAUUCAAUAUCAUGUUAUAAUGAUGAGCCAUUAAAUUUUAUGGACUAUCUUUUCAAUUGCUCGCAGUUAUGAGCUAUAGUUGUAAAAAAGGGGAAGUUUUCGAAGUAUGCUAAGAACCAUUCUAAUGUUUUAAAUAUAUAGGACAUUUCUGGGUGACUUUUCUUAAAAAAAAAAAUAUUAAAAUGGGUUAUCGUUAUAUGCAAAGAAAAAACCCGUAUAAUAAUUCUGCGCUUUAUAUGGACUCUUGGGAGCGCUACAUGAAAGCUCUUGCGGGACAUUUUAUCCGACAAGUCCUGUUUUGACAUUUACCAUGGUAAUGGUGCUUCUCAGCAAAACCACAUUCAAGAAAAGUUGUCUGAUCUGACAACUUGUCGGACGAAAAUGUUGUUGAAACGCUCUGGUAAGCUAUGGGAAGCAGAUGUUACACAAAAUCUUAACAUUGUAGGCGCAAUUCAUAUUCCACACAAAGUCAAUUCAUAACUGUCUGAGAAUGGGGGGGGGGGGGAUAGUAAACGCAAAAAGCAUAUAUUUUCGGCUUCUCAUUUUUUUAACACAGACCAUGAAUUAAACUUGACUUCAGAAUACUUGCCAUUUUAUGCUUGAAAUAUUUGACAUUUCUGUGUUACUUAUGGGUAUAUUAUUUAUUAAAUUCAAUAUCACUGCC